AAAAGUUGCGUAUUGAAACAAUCUCGUUACUAAUCUUGUCACAGUGUAUAUCAACUCUAACCACGUGUCUUUGAAAACAAUCGAAUGACAUUAACUUAUCGGAAUUUAAUGGAGAAAAUUUUAAAAUGUAUAUGAAGUUAUACUAGUACAUACUAAUGACAAGAAACGAUGAUUCUUCACGUUUCUAUGAUGAUAUCGGAGACGUGUGAAAUAUUUGUUAAAGACAGAAACUAACGGCGACAUUCUCGACACUAGUACAUAUACACAAUAUGUACAGUAAAAUUGUUUGACCACACAGACCGUUUCUAACCUUACAUUUCAAGUUGUAUAAUCGUCAAUUCAUUCAAAUUCAUGGCCCCGAAGGAAACCUCGCAUGAUUUUCUAAAAUAUCCUUCCAACACAAUUUUUGACAUUCCAAUAUUUUCUUUGCGCGCAUCUUAACAGUAUGUUUUUACAAGCCUUGUUCGUGACCAUCGAAAAUUUUGAUGUUUUUCACGGAAAGUAACUGAGAUGUUUAACGCAAGGGCGGUACAGUUUUUCAUUACUGUGAAGUACAUAUCAGUAAUGCGGUGAAUCUUAUGCUUUUUCUUAAUGUAAAUAUGUGAAUAAAAUAUUCGUAUAACGAGAAAACAUGCGUAAUCGCUCGGAUUAAUCGAUUCAAUUUGUAAUUUGAUCGAUAAACAUAGUAUUAAUUAAUAUCUUUCGCAUGUUAAAUAAUAAAUGAUUCGUAUGUUACGAAUAAACUAAAAUUGGAAGAAGAUCGGUAAUUAAAAUUUAGUGCAUUGUGUUGAAUUUCUGUAACCUGACAAAAUUAUGAAGUUUUUAUGUGACAAUGACUUUAACGUACAUAUUUCACGCAAACAAACCCAUUUGGCUAUGAACACGUAAACCGUGUUGCAUUAACGAGUCAAGGUGCACGGAAUAUGGGCCUAAACGCAGCCGUACAAGCUUUAAAAAAAGCCGAGCCACUAAAGGAUAAAGUUCAACGUUGUAAAGAUCUUCUAAAUGAUAGUGAUGCAUGGGUAUGCCAACAGCAAUUACAAAAAAUAUAUCAACAAGUUCUCAUUUUGGACCUGGAAUAUGCAUUGGAUAGAAAGGUAGAACAGGAACUUUGGAAUCUUGGAUUCAAGAAUUAUAUAGCAACUUUGCAAUCACAAGCAAAAGAUAGAAAAAAUCCAAAACGAGGAGAAUCUCAGGCUUUGCUCAGCUGGUGCUUGGAAGCAGCAAGCGGUUUUUAUUUGACAUUGUUACAGGAAAUUUGUACAGCAUUCGAUUUAGAUUUACCAUUUAGAAGAAAAGGCUAUGUUUAUGGAUGUACUUCUCCAUGGAAAGCUGUUGAGAACUUGUCGGUGCCUCAUAGAUCAUCGUGUUUUUACGCGUGUCAGUAUUGUUUAGUACAUUUGGGAGAUAUUGCUCGCUACAGAAAUGAAAGUAAACAAGCAGAGCUAUUCUAUAGACAUGCCGUAUCAUUGUCACCAUCCAGUGGACAACCAUACAACCAGCUAGCUCUUUUGGAAGCAUCACGUGGCAAUAAAUUGGGAACUGUGUUUCAUUACACACGGUCUGUUGCUGUAAAACAUCCGUUUCCUGUCGCUACCACAAAUCUGGCAAAAAUGUUAUCUUCGGCUUUAAACGACACAUCAGUAAACAUUGAAGGGAAAACUAAAUUAACGUCCCAGGAAUACAUAGCAGUCUUCUUAAAACUGCAUGGUGUUAUCCAUAAUCUUGGAAACGUCAAGAUCGCAUCCAGCUACACGAAAUUGUUGACUGAAACAUUAACGGCUUUGGUAGCGACAGAAAGCUUCAGUUCGUGGGUGCUUGUACAGAUGUUUGUAAUUAAUUUGUAUGCCUUGGAACAUACAACAAAUAUCGUUAUGGGCAGCACCGAACCAUUAGGAAAGGAACACUUAACGUUUGACGAGAAAGUAGCCCGAGAUUGCAUUUUAGAUCUCAUUGCUGGGAGUCUGUCUGCUUUAUUAUUGCCUGUCUACACAAUCAAGAAUUCUAUUGUCGAAUAUUUCGCUUUGCCUUCUAUAAAACUGUGCCUUGAUUGGAUUCACACGAAGCCCACAGUUUUGGAAGAAGUUGCUUUUACGUCGAGACUUCAGAUCUGGCCCAGUCUUUGUGUAUUAUUGAAUUCCUUACAAAAUUGUGUGGUUGAUUUCGCUUACGAUCAAUACGUGAAUGUACCACUGCCAGAAGACCGUGAUUUACAAGGUUUCUUACCAUUGGAGAAAAGUCUUGAGUGUCUGAAAUUUACGAACACCGACUUGGAAAGCGAUGUCGAGGCUUCCAACAAGUUACGCGCAAUUCGUAUUCUGUGUUUGGGUCAUUCUCUGACACAUUUCAGAAUAAAUGGUUCCGCCUUGAUCGCUAUCACGAUAGGAGGGGAAAAAGGUGAUAAUAAAUUCAGUUCUAUGAGUGAAGGUAACGGUCCGAGUAAUGAGUUGAUGAAAGAGCUGGAAGAACUUAGUCUGAACAAGGAAAGGUUGUCUGUUGUAUCGGCCAGUCCGGUUCUUUCCGAGUCUGCCAGCAGCAAAGGUUCUGCAGAUGUCGACAUACUGUUGGAGAACACUUUAUUAGACAAGAAAAUAGGCAUUCUGAAACCUCAAAGUUCGUUGGAGCGAAAUAAGGACUCGUUGAUCGCUCAUACAGAAUCGAACAAUUUCGAAGUCAACGUGACAGCACCUAUAUCUGUGUCAAGAAAACCAAGACAAAAUAUAGCAAUGCAGGCUAUUAUGCGGCGUGCCGAAACUGAGCAGAAGCAAGUUACCUUCAAGAACGUAUCGCCGCUAGUCAUCGAAGAGGAAAAUGAGAAAAAGGGUAAUGUAAGCUCGACAUCACCGGUGAAAAGUUUACCUGCAGGAAGCAAGGGCACUCUGAUUACUGGGGAAACAUUGAAACCGGCCAAUGUACCUGUUGUGUCUACAGCUACGUUGACUACUGCUCAGAACCGACUACCGUUGAUAUCUUUUCCAACGACCACCGUACAAAAUCCAAUCGUUUCCCCUCCGAAUCAAACGAAACCAGCAAAAUCGCAGCAUACUGUUUUGCAACUCACGCAAAUCAAUCAUCUUCCUACGAAAGACCAGCAACAACCUUCUGGAAAUCUGCCCACGAUACCGAUAUCAGGCGUGUCUCCAUGCUUAGGAACCAUUUGUUAUCAAACUCCACCAUUUAAUGUACAAAACCCUCAGUUUGCGAAAAAUUAUAUAACUAAUCAAAUAGGAAACACGACGAAUUAUUCUAUGCAGCAGGGACAUUUCGCUUCGAAUUCUGGACAACAACCGAUGUCUCAGAAUAUUAGUUUGCAACAUGCGUCGGGCCAAAGCAGACCUCUACAUCAGAGAAUGCAAAUUCAGAAUAUAUCUCAAAAUUCUUUAAUACAUCAAAAUAUUGGACAUCUUCCAUCCUCCAACCAACAAAAUGUAAUGUCAGCUGUGUCGCAUAACUCUCACAUAAACACUCAACAGACUGGAAAUGUCGUGCUGCAACAGAAUUUGAAUAUACAGCAGCAACCUCAUAAUUUGGAUGUUCAACAGAAUCACAGUAUGGCUGCAAUUCAGCAGCAAAAUGUUGGGAAAACCAAUCUCAGAUCGAGCACAAUUUUGCAUAAUCCAGUGAGUUUGAAUAGCUCGGCCAUUGUAAACGCUUCAAGUUUGUCUACAUUGAAUACAUAUCAGAAGAAUCUUCAUCAUGUAGGUAAAAUGGUACCUUCAAAUGUACCGAGUGUGCCAGGCAGUUCAUUAAGUCCAACCACUACAUCGAGCUUUCAGUUUCAAUUUAAUCAAAGCGACCCUACGCGGAACGCUUUCGGUCAAAUAUCGCAGAAACAAUUAUCGUCGUCGAUAUACAACAAAAGUUCAGAUAUUUUGGAAUUUCCGUUUUCCAACCAAAUGGGCAUGUCGAGGAGUCAAUCGCAAAUUGCAAACAAUUAUCCGUUGUUUCAUAAUUACGACAGUACAAACUUCAGUUUGUGGAAAGACGCUCAACAAUCACUGGUCUCGGUACCAUGCUGGGGUUCCGGUAGCGGUGAUACACAGUUGCGGGCUAAAGAUACGACUGUCGUCGAAAAUUUCCGUAACUGGGAAGAUUCUAUUAAUCCAGGAAACACGGUUUCGCAGUUGUCGUUAAGGACCUCGAAUUAUCAACCUGAUUCACAACAUGGCAAACACUUUACGAGCACAAACAACUUUGACCAUUCAGCUAUCCGAGAAGUGGAUUUAAAAUCUUCCCAAUCAAUCAAUACAGGAAAUACUUAUUCGUUGUUCAGCAGUAAUAGCGCAUGGGGGACUAAUUCACAAGCAUGUAAUGUUUCAAAUCAGGAUCAAACGAAAACUCGACUUAGUCAGCAAUCUUUAUGGUCUGGGCCUGGCCCAUCUCCUUUGGAACGGCUUUUGGAACAACAGAAAUCUUUACGCGAAGGAGGUACCUGAAGGAAAGCAAUACAGAUAUUCUAUCGAAAUAUAUUGGAAAAGGAUUUAUUCGAUUUGCGGAUUCAGCUAACAAAGGGAGUCCAGCAAACCAACAUACCACAAUAAAUAUCGACCGUUUUGACGAGAAUGUUAAAUUUGUUACAAUGCAACAGCUACCAUGAGGUUUCGUAGCCGCUUAGGAAUUCGUUUCAUUAAAAACGAAUAAUACAUACGUCCAAAGCGUUAUGAAAUACGCUCUAGAAAUACAUAGGUAUUAAUUACUUACGCUACUUAUUGCGCGCAUGCUAGAAAAUGAAAAUAUUGUGAUAGUGGCAGUCAGCACUAUCGGAUUUUUCAGAAUAGUUCUUUUAAAUCUAUUAACGAGCAGUUAAUUGAGUCACUUAGAAGAAAGAAUUUGGCGAUCAAAUAAUUUGUUUAUUAACAAUGAACCAUGUGAAAGAAGGGCGUAGCAUAGAAAUUCCAUUGAACAAACAACUCGUGUAAUGUAUGGAAAUUUCUAUUGCGGAAGGUAUGCGUAUUCGGUCAAUUUGAUACGAUUCGAUCCAUCAGAAGCUCGGAGAUUAAUUCAAGAAAAAAUGUUUUCUGUUUUAUUGCUUCACUCUUCAUCUUUUUUUUAACUUUUAGACACGGUAUUAUAUGCAUAUAAACGUAAUUCUGUUGGUACACAUACGUAAUAACAAUAUACAUUUCGUAUCGUACUAUGUAGUCUUACUACUGCGUAUUUCUAUUUACUAUUACCGAAUUUGCAUACAUAAUUAAGUUCCAAGUUAUUUUGCAAUAAAUGAUCUUUCUAGAUGUUUUGAAAUUUUCAUUAAAAUCUAACAAAGCAAAAACAUAUUUGAUGUAAAUAUACGAAGUAGUUUGUUCUCCACAAGAAAUUAAAAGGUAAAACAAUUUUCGAGACAAUUGUGAAAACGAUCUUUUGAAAUUAACUAUGUGUGUUCAAUGAAAUUAAAUUAUGUUUGUAAAAGAAUUCAAUGUAACAAAUGCACAGAAACAAUAAUUUUAUUGAAGAGAUUGAAA